AUGCUGGGCGGUUGUAGCAGUAACAACAUUAUGCUGUAUGUGCGAGGCAACAGUCGCGACUAUGACCGGUGGGAGCAGCUGGGCAACCCGGGCUGGGGUUGGAAGGAUGUGCUGGAAUACUUCAAAAAAUCCGAAGACAAUGGAGCGCAGCACAUGCUACAGGAGCGAGCCGAAUACCAUGCGCAAGGUGGCCUACUCAAGGUCAAUUCCUUCAUGUCCAACGAAAUGACCAAAAUAGUCAUAGCGGAGGCGGCCCAUGAAUUGGGAAUACCGGAAAUUAUGGAUAUCAACAGCGACGAGUACAUCGGAUACAAUGUAGCCCAGGGUACGGUGUACAAGGGCAGACGCUGGAGCACAGCGAAGGCGUUUCUUAACACCGCUAAAGAUCGGCCGAAUCUGCACAUCAUUAAAAAUGCCCAUGUGAAGAAGAUCAAUUUUGACGGAACAGUGGCAACCGGGGUUACGUUCGAUCUGCCCAAUCAGGUGGAUAUUUCGGUCAGCGUUGGUAAGGAGGUAGUUCUCUCUGCUGGUGCAGUGAACACCCCUCAGAUUUUGCAACUCUCCGGAGUGGGAGCAAAAGAGCAACUCGACCGACACAGCAUUCCCGUGGUGAAAGAUGUACCGUCGGUGGGUGAAAAUUUGCAGGAUCACGUGAUCAUACCGCUGUUCCUUACGCUGCACGGUUCGCGUCCAAUCGAACGCAGCAUGGACGAACUGUUGGACAGUAUCUAUAGCUAUUUCCGUUACGGGCUCGGUACGUUCGGUACCGUCAGUGUGACGGAGCUACUAGGAUUUGUGAAUACUCAAAGCCCGGCAGCCAAGUUUCCUGACAUACAAUUCCAUCACAUGUUGUACCUCUGGAAAACGCCUGACGUAGCAAGAAUUACAGAAUGUUUCGGCUGGGAAGAUUACAUCGCCCAUCAGAUUAUCGAGCAGAACCAAAAAUCCGAAAUCCUUACGGUAUUGGUGACGCUGCUCAAUCCCAAAUCUAAGGGCUCCAUACAGCUCCGGUCAUCCGAUCCUCACGAAGCUCCAAUCAUCAACGCGAAUUAUCUAGACGACCAGCGGGAUGUGAAAACUGUUAUCCGUGGCAUACGGUUCUUCCGCAAGCUGCUGGAUACGGAGAAUUUCGGUUACCACGAACUAAAGGACUUCCAUCUGAAGAUCGCUGAGUGCGAUCAGUUGGAAUACGAUUCAGAUAGCUAUUGGGAGUGUUACGCUCGCUACAUGUCAACGACGAUCUAUCAUCCUACGGGCACGGCCAAAAUGGGCCCCGAUGGUGACGCCAGCGCCGUUGUUGAUUCAAGCCUGAAGGUAAGAGGGGUGCAAAAGCUGCGCGUAAUUGAUGCCAGCAUCAUGCCGGACAUUGUAAGUGGUAAUACAAACGCACCGACAAUCAUGAUCGGUGAGAAAGGAUCCGACUUAAUAAAGCAAGAUUACGAUGUAAAGAAAGACUCUGCUACACAUACGGAGCUUUAA